GCCUCGGGCUGCGGCGCUUCCUCCCGACGUUGCAGCGGCUCUCGCUCGUCGGUGUCCCGCGGGCCCCAUGGAGGAGGAGGAGGAGGAAGCGCGGGCGCUGCUGGCAGGCGGCCCGGACGAGGCGGGCGGAGGGGCGCCCGGCGCGUUGCCGGCCCUCUGCGACCCCAGCCGCCUGGCGCACCGGCUUCUGGUGCUGUUGCUGAUGUGCUUCCUAGGCUUCGGCAGCUAUUUUUGCUAUGAUAAUCCUGCUGCCCUUCAGACUCAGAUUAAAGGGGAUAUGCAGGUGAAUACCACGAAAUUCAUGCUGCUGUAUGCCUGGUAUUCUUGGCCCAAUGUAGUGUUGUGUUUCUUUGGUGGCUUUUUGAUAGACCGAGUAUUUGGAAUACGAUGGGGCACCAUUAUUUUUAGCUGCUUUGUUUGCAUUGGACAGGUUGUUUUUGCUCUGGGUGGAAUAUUUAAUGCUUUUUGGCUGAUGGAAUUUGGAAGGUUUGUGUUUGGGAUUGGUGGGGAGUCCUUAGCAGUUGCCCAGAAUACAUAUGCUGUGAGUUGGUUUAAAGGCAAAGAAUUAAACUUGGUGUUUGGACUCCAGCUUAGCAUGGCUAGAAUUGGGAGUACAGUGAACAUGAACCUCAUGGGAUGGCUGUACUCUAAGGUUGAAGCUUUGUUGGGUUCUGCUGGUCACACAACCCUGGGGGUCACACUUCUAAUUGGGGGUAUAACAUGUAUUCUUUCACUAAUUUGUGCCUUGGUCCUUGCUUACUUGGAUCGGAGAGCAGAAAGAAUCCUUCAUAAAGAACAAGGAAAAACAGGUGAAGUUAUUAAGUUAACUGAUGUGAAGGACUUCUCCUUACCCCUGUGGCUCAUAUUUAUCAUCUGCGUCUGCUAUUACGUUGCCGUGUUCCCUUUCAUUGGACUUGGGAAAGUUUUCUUUAUAGAGAAAUUUGGAUUUUCUUCUGAGGCAGCAAGUGCAAUUAACAGUGUUGUGUAUGUCAUAUCAGCUCCCAUGUCCCCAGUAUUUGGGCUCCUGGUGGAUAAAACAGGAAAGAACAUUAUUUGGGUCCUGUGUGCAGUGGCAGCCACCCUUGCAUCCCACAUGAUGCUGGCCUUUACACUGUGGAACCCUUGGAUUGCUAUGUGUCUCCUAGGACUCUCUUAUUCAUUACUUGCCUGUGCAUUGUGGCCAAUGGUGGCAUUUGUAGUUCCUGAGCAUCAACUGGGAACUGCAUAUGGCUUCAUGCAGUCCAUUCAGAACCUUGGGUUGGCGAUCGUUUCCAUCAUUGCUGGCAUGAUAUUGGAUACUCGGGGAUAUUUGUUUUUAGAAGUUUUCUUCAUUGCCUGUGUUUCUUUGUCACUUUUAUCUGUGGUCUUACUCUAUUUGGUGAAUCGUGCCCAAGAUGGGAACCUAAAUUAUUCUGCAAGACAAAGGGAAGAAAUAAAAUUUUCCCAUACUGAGUAAGUAUUGAAAGAGAGAAAAGUUAUCUUUAUUUUGAAAUUUUAAACAUCACUAUUUUAUUUCACGGUAUUGGGUUUAGAUUUUUAAGAAAUUAUAGUGUUUUUCUUGAGUUUUGAGAGCUAACAGUUAUCUUUGGAACUACUAUAACAAAAUUCUUAUUUGUAUCAGAAAAUUUUAAAAGGUGGAUAUCAAGUAUUAAAAUGAAGGGGAAAAAAAUCGGGCUUUAAAUUGCCAUCUGAGAGAGAAACCUGUAGUAUUUGUAAUUUAUUGGAGGAAAGGUCUUUGUCCUAAGUACUUGUGCUUAGGUCACCCUGAUAUUUCCUUUUUCCUAACUAGUUGUGGUAAUUUUUCAUCUUAUCUGGUACUAACAUGCCAUUCUGUGUUUUCUGACUCGUUUGGAACAGAUUAAAGUAGAUAGUGUGGGGUGUAAGUUUAAUUAAUUUUUUUCCAUGAGUCUAUGCUAAAACAGAGUAGUGAUCUAUUUCCUGCUGUUAUUUCUAAUUUUUUUAGACACUGAAUUUUUUAUGAUUUAAAAAAUUUAUUUGUAAAUAUAUACCAUGUGACUAAGUUUGGUGAAUUUGAAUAGCUUAAAAUCUGGUAGAACGAGGCUGUGUUUUUUGGGGGGUGAUUCUUGGUCAUCUCAAAUUCCUUUUUAAUGUAGUAAUUCUACUUCUAGAAAUACAUCUUAAGAAAAUAAUCAGAAGUGUUAUGAGUUUUAAAUAUCUUUAUGACAGUCUUGUUUCUUAUGUCAAAAAAUUGGAAACAACAUAACUGCCACCAAAAAGGGAAAUGGUUAAAUAUAUUGACACAUCCAUAUAAUAUGCUGUUAAAAUCAUGUUUUAGAAGGAUUUUUAAAGUCAGAGAUACUUAAUGUAUCAUAGUUAAAGUUAACAAAAGAUAAAAAUGCAAAUAUAAUAUCCUAAUUUUGUUGAAGAAAAGUAUGCAGGCAUGUGUAUUUCUUAAACCUAUUAUUGUUUAUAAUAGAAAAAAUACUGAAAGAAAAAUCCCCAGAUAUUAACAAUUCCUUUUAAAUGGUAGAGUUACAAAAAUUUUUUUCUUUGUCUGUAUUUUCCAAAGUUUCUGCAUUGAUCCUGUGUUACUUUUAUGAUCAAGAGAUAAAAGAUUAUCCAGCAAAAUGUUUAACUUGUAGUAUUUGGCACUACGUGCUUUGUAAUGCUUAUGUGGUUUUCAUUUUGUGAACCAGGUGGGGCUUCGUGUUCUUUUGAUAAUUUAUUGCAUUAUGUUUUGCAGAUGAGAAGUUUAAGUGACUGUCAUGAGAAUGGGCUGCACACAUCAUUGGUUUAAAAACCUCCAUUUUAAAAUUUUACUUAGAGUUUAGUCAUUAGGAAAAAUAAUGGUCUGCAAAGUUGUUACAUUUAUAUUUCAAAGGCACCUAUUUCGGAGUAUAUUUGUGAGGACUGUUUUAGCGUGUGUCUUUUGCGUUGUGUAUUGCUGAAGAAUUCUACUUUGGAACAGGCUACUCAACAGUGAAGUUUAGAAAAUUGCUCUGAAACAUGCAGGUAACUUUAGUAAGGACAGUAAAUAAAGACAGGAAAACAUUGGAUCUUGUACUGAA